AUGACAGCCGAUUACUACGACCUAGAUGACAUACUAGCCGACUCAGAAAAACUCCCUUGCAAAUUCAAUAUAACGGUUCCUGGAUUGGGUUAUUUAGAAGGAAACCCAGGAAAGCCUAUUCAUGAAGAUACCAAAAUUGAGUUGCCGCAUUGGUUAUCAGGAAUAUUGGCUACUGUAGCCAUCGAUGAAGAUUCAAAUGUCAAUUUUCUAGACUUGGCUGACCCCGAUAUUAUCAAGGAAAAAGUAAUGAAUGCCAUAAAAACAGAUCCAUUGGCGGUCGAUUUACACAAGUUGACACCUUAUUAUUAUAGUCUAAUUCUAAAAUGGGGGAACUUGUAUACAGAUAAAAUGUUAAUUGCCAACGUCAUGAACUGCUUGAAAGCCAGGAGUUUGGAAAUUUACAACUUUAGUAAUAAUGCAAACAAAACUUUGAACAAUGAGUUUCUUUAUACUUUGGACGAGUUUGAAAGGGCAUUGUUUAAGCUGGCUUCUGAUAGUAACAAGUCCAUGAGAAAAUGGUUGAAAAGUAAAUAG